GCUGCCGCCCGGGCAGCUCCUGCUCCCGCCGCUGCUGCUGCUGCUGCUGUUCCGCGCCGGCCCCGGCUCGGGCUCCGGCGGCCGGGCAGGGAGGGCGGGAGGAUGAGCGGCGCUUUGCGCGACGUCUCCUUGCAGGACCCGCGCCGGCGCUACGAGCUGGUCCAGCGCAUCGGCUCCGGCACCUACGGCGAUGUCUACAAGGUGCGCCAGGCGGGGAAGGGGAAGGGGGAGGGGGGGAACCGGACGCCUGGGUUCCUUGGGAGGGAGAAAGCGCGCAGGGGUGCGCGGCGCCCGGGGCGGGGGGAGGCACCGGGACGCCUGGGUCGUCCUUCUCUCCCUGAAGGGGAGACUCCACCCCCAGCGUCGGGGACUUCUGGCCCGGGUGGGGGCCGCGGGACCCGGACGCCUGGGUUCCUGUCUGGGUGUCCCCCUCCAAACCCCCGAGAGCGGGGUAAGCCCUUUUCGUGGGAGACUCGGCGUGCGGGGUUGACUUGGGGGGUCGGGGUCCGGUGUUCAUGUCAGGUUCGUGGGUCGGAAGCCUGUAGGUGCGUCUUGGGUAGGAUGUCAGCAAGGGGGGAGGCGCUCCCUGUCGGGACGCCCCCCUCCCUUUGGAGCUCCUGCUGCACCUCCACCACCAUCCUCAACCCCCCCCCCCUUUGGCCGUUGCGGGACGCUGGCCUGACUGGACUGCCACCCAGCUGAUGGCCUUGGGGUCCCAGAGGACCAAGCGGGCUGCUAUUGGCUGGCAGGGAGACUGGCAAGAUCAAGACGGAGAGAUCAAGCUGGGUGCUCUUGGAGUAGAGAGUGAGCCUACCUUCCAAGGAUGCUGUUGCUCCCCGGAGACACAGUCCCCUUCUAGAUGCCGGCUCACCCAGUCGCCCCCCAAGUCAGAGGGUGAUGUAAGGACAGGGAGCAGGAGUAAGCCUCCUGGGAGUUUUGGUGGCUCUUGCUGAGGGAGGCCCAUCCAGGCCGGGUGUCUGUCCUCCUGCGUCUUUUGCACACCCCCCUUCAGCCAGGAGAGUGGGAGCUGGGCGCCUCCUUCCACCUAGUAGAAUAUUUAUUCCGCUGCACAUAACUGAGCAAUGGGAUUUCCCCCCAUCGCCACUUCUGUGAGCUUUAAAAGGAAGGGACUUGGCCUAAUCAGUGCUGAUGGCAGAGGCACGUGCCUGGCGCUGGCUGCUGCUCAGGACUGGUGCUGCCCUGGCAGGAGAUGGCUUGCUUGUUCCACUUCCCAGAGGGAGUUGGGGUGCUGGAUUUGAGGUUCCCCCUUCGGUCUGAUCCAGCACCCAGGCUUUUACUCCCUGCAUGUCAUCUGACUGUAAGCAUCUCUUUGCAUUCUGUACCCCUCCCAUUUAUACAAUGGUUAUAAUUCAGUUUUUGUUGCAGUACAAAUUGCUUUGGGAUUGGGGGGGGAAAUGCUUCUCUUCCAGGUUGGUGGCUGUGUUGCAGCUGGCAGAGAUUUGCUGCCUUCAGUGGUGGCAUCGGGGCGGUCACAUGUCCAGCAAUCCAGCAGACUUGAGAGACCUGCUUAAAACUGGGCUGCUCAUGGACAGAAACCUUGCCAAUAAGCUCCCGCAGGUUGCUAGUCCUCAAACCCUUUAGCUCUCAUACUUUCCUGUUUAAUUCCUAUUAGUUAUUUGACAUAUAUAUAUAUAUAUAUCAGAUUGUGUACAGUUUCUUUGCAUAGCAUCAUGGAAGAGGUUAUUGGACACUGCAAGGAGGACGGUGGGCUUCACUUCUGAGCUCUUGUGGGGCCCUCAAGGGAUUGUUGGACUCCCAUCACCCCAGAUUGUUGGGCACGCAGGCUGAUGGGAGUUGUAGUCUAUAAAACAUCUAGGGGGCGUCACGUUGACUUGCCCGUGUUUUGGCAGUCCGUAGUAUGCCCUAGCAGUCAUAACAAAAAUAUUCUUUGGUGAUGAGUCGGCUGCUGUUUUUAAUGGCUGGUUGUUUUAGCUGUUGUUUAUUUUGUUGUAAAGUUGGCUGUUGGUCUGCCUUUUGUGUGUGUGUGUCAUGCUGAUUUUAUGUGAGCUGCCUUCUGUUCAUUUGCAAAAUAGUGAGUGGGAUGAUGAGGAUGACAUUAUCAGUACAGUCAUACCUCGAGUUGAAUGCGCUUCGGGUUGAGCGCGUUACUUCCGGGUUUCGCCGCUCGCACAUGCGCAGAUGCUCAAAAUGACAUCAUGCACAUGCGCGGUAGCGGCGAAUACUACCACUGUAGUACAGUGGUACCUCAGGUUACAUACGCUUCAGGUUACAUACGCUUCAGGUUACAGACUCCGCUAACCCAGAAAUAGUGCUUCAGGUUAAGAACUUUGCUUCAGGAUGAGAACAGAAAUUGUGCUCCGGCGGCGCGGCGGCAGCAGGAGGCCCCCAGCUAAAGUGGUGCUUCAGGUUAAGAACAGUUUCAGGUUAAGUACGGACCUCCAGAACGAAUUAAGUACUUAACCCGAGGUCCCACUGUAUUAACAAAAAUUAUCAGGACGUUGGGAUGCCUCCUUCAAGCUCCUCACAGGUAUUUGGGACAACAGGCCCUGACUGACCUGAUGGUCUCCAGCUGUUUUGGACUACAACUCCCAUCCCUGCUUGCUGGGGCUGAUGGGGGGUAUAACUCCAAAACAUCUGGAGUGGUGCCAGUUGUGUGAAGGCUGCCUUCCCCCCUCUCCCCACAUGAUGCCCUUCUUGUCUGGACAUCCCAUUGGAUAAUGUUGUGAUCCCUUAAUGGAGGUGGUGAGGGAGCCAGAGGUCAUCUAGCUCAGGAAAACAAAACUCCAAGGUGGCUGUCACCGAUGGAAGCGAAAGCCUUGAAAAAGCUCAAUAUGGAGGUCAAUUGGCUGAAAUAUUGGGAAAUUUUGGAACAAGAUGGAGACAGAUUGAAAUUGCAGAGUUUUGAAAAACUAAAAAACAAAGUGCGAGACUGGCUUCAUUAUUAUCAGAUAAUGGAGGCAUACAAUUUGGAUAAGAGAAUCGGCUUCCAGGUGGAAAAAUCAAAAUUAGAAACUGAAUUGUUAGAACCCAAAACUAAAACUUUGUCAAAGAUGUAUAACUUGCUGUUGAAAUGGAACACUCAGGAUGAAACGGUGAAAUCUGCUAUGAUUAAAUGGGCACAAGACGUUGGACAUAAUAUUAUGUUUGCUGACUGGGAACAGUUGUGGACCACAGGUAUGAAAUUUACGGCAUGUAAUGCCUUAAAAGAAAAUAUUAUGAAAAUGAUAUACAGGUGGUACAUAACCCCAGUCAAGCUUGCAAAAAUCUACCAUUUGCCUGAUAAUAAAUGUUGGAAAUGUAAAGAAACUGAAGGUACAUUUUUUCACCUUUGGUGGACGUGCCCAAAGAUUAAGGCUUUCUGGGAGAUGAUAUAUAAUGAACUAAAAAGGUAUUUAAAUAUACCUUCUUGAAGAAACCAGAGGCCUUUCUCCUGGGCAUAGUCGGCCAAUCGGUGUUAAAAAAGGACAGAACUUUCUUUAUGUAUGCUACAACAGCAGCAAGAAUACUCAUCGCAAAGUAUUGGAAGACACAAGAUCUACCCACACUGGAGGAAUGGCAGAUGAAAAUGAUGGAAUACAUGGAAUUGGCGGAAAUGACUGGCAGAAUCCGUGACCAGGGAGAAGAGUCGGUGGAAGAAGAUUGGAAGAAAUUCAAAGACUAUUUACAGAAAUAUUGCAAAAUUAAUGAAUGUUAGAAUGAUGUUGGAUUGAAGUUAAGGGGUUUCUAGCUGUACAGGCUAAAAGAAUAUGGAAAAAUUGGUUUUAAUAUCUAAAAUCUAAAAUUUUAAGUUAUAUUAUAUCAAGAUUAAAGAUUAGGAUUAAAAAGGAGGGAAAGGAAUUGUUGGAUUAACAUAUUUAAUUAGAAUACAAAAGAGGGGGGUAAGAGGAGGUCCGAGAAACAAGUAAAUGUAAAAGAAGUGAGGAAAAGAUGAAAUUGUUUUUAAUUGUUUUUUCCUUUUUUACUUUGUAUUUUUUCUUUUUAUUGUUAAUUUUUUCUUCAUUAAUGUGGUUUUUUUCCUUGUGAAAUUUUAAUAAAUAUUAUUAUUAAAAAAAAGAGGUCAUCUAGCUCAACCCCUUGCUGAGUGGCAGCAUUGUUCGUCCACCUACUUACCCUUCUAUGGCAACCAAGUCAGAUAGAUCUGGGUGGCAGCUGUAGAAAGGGUUUGUGGGACUAGACAGCUGUGGGUUACCACAUGUCAAACCACAUUCUAAACUCUGCAGAAAUAUUCCCCCCCCCUUUGAUAUGUAUUGAUGUGCCUAAUACUAUCAUCGUUAAUAAAUUUGCAUAUCGCCCUAUACCUGUAGAUCUCUGGGAGGUUUGCAACAUGAAAUUACAAUAUAAAAAAGAUAGAAUACAUAAUAAAAAUAAGAACAAAGACAGCCCAAUAACCCCAUCUUCCACAACACAUUUUAAAAGGGCAUUGGACGUCAAUCAGCCAAAGGCCUGGCUGAAGAGGAACGUUUUCUCCUGGCGCCUGAAGGUGUACAAUGAAGGUGCCAGGCGAACCUCCCUGGGGAGAGCAUUCCACAAACGGGGAGCCACUGCAGAAAAGGCCCAUUCUCAUGUUGCCACCCUCCAAACUGCUUGUGAAGGAGGCACAUGAAAAGGGCCUCAGAUGAUGAUCUCAGGGUCCAGGUAGGUUCAUGUGGAGAGAGACAGUACUUGAGGUAUUGCUCCAGGUAGCUCCAGUCAGUACAGGAUUCUUCCUUCCCCUGCUCCCUUCUUUUAAUUUCCACAGCCCUGCUCUAAGGUAGGUCAGGAUAAAAGAUAGUGACUCGCCUGGGUGAGCGUGACUGUUGAGUUGGGACUUGAACCAGGACCUUUAGGAAUCAUACAAUCGUAGUGUUAGAAGAGGGACCCAAGGGUCAUCUAGUCCAACCCCCUACAAUGCAGGAAUCUAAGACGGUGCCACACUGGCUGUCCUCCUGCCCCAAACUCAGUUACCUUCGGCUGCAAGGGAGGGGGACGCCUGAUCCUGAAUGGGCCUAAGCCAUUGUCCUAGGUUUGGUAUUGCUGCACCCAGAGUCCCAUUUCUGACCUUCACACUGGAUUCCUGGUAGCCUGCCUCAGAAGCUGCUGUGGGCGGGAGGUGGGGUGUCUUUCCAUUCCUGUAGGCCCCCAGGAGCCUGGAGAGAAGCAGCGCUCCUGCUACACUUCCCCUCCUGCCAAAUUCAAGCCCUGCCUUGAUCCAGCAGCCUGCCUUGCGCCCUGGAGUCAGGCACAUUGUUCUGACCCCAGCAUGGCAUUUCCUGAGAUUCUUGAGGCCAGAAUGGCUUCCAGCUGGGAGCCAGGACUUCUUGGUUCUGUUUACAGCUCGGAGGUGGGCUGUAGGAACAGGCUAGGAGCCCUGGUGGGGAUGCCUGAGCCCCAUCCACAACUCAAAUGCAACAAGGGGUCCUCUGAAUGGUGUCCUGGAGAGAUGGAAAGAAGGGUGGGAGUGGGCAGAUUAGGAGAGGGAGAAGUAACCAGUGGUCAGGGAUGAUGGGAAUUGUAGUCCACAAGCAGCUGGAGACCCAAGUUUGGGAAACCUUGCGAUAGAGCCUGAGUUGUGGGUUUGAGCCCCACAUUGGGCAAAAGAUUCCUGCAUUGGACUAGAUGACCCUUGUGGCCCCAGUUGCGGUGAUCCUUGGUGGCAAAGGCGCUCUGUGCAUGCACAGAGGAUGCUGCAACUUUGUGUUCCGGGGCUGAGUUCAGAUGUGGCCUCAGUGGUUCACGAGGGCAAGGCUGGCUAGCCCUGCCAUUGGGCAAAGCGGGGCAGAGUGAGGCAGCCACCUCUGGCAGAGGACGCCAAGUUACACCCCAGCAAUGUCUUGUCUCACCUCUCUUUGUCAAGACCAGGCUGGCUUCUCUCUCAAUGGUAGUUUUGUUUCAAAACUAAACAGACUAGGCAGAGGAUGUGGAAAUCCCAAAGAGCCUUUUAAGAUCACGAGGGUCCCUUUAGAAACAUGGCUUCCCGCCUCUCUUCCGAGUGGCUGAUGGCUUUUUUUUUUGCCACCUGUUUUGUGAGGAGGAAGCCGCCUUUGUCCAAGAGAGAGGGGGUCACCCUGUCUCUUUCCUCCCCGGCUUGUCACGAGAAUUUUUGACGUGCGCCACUCCCUUUCUGCUAGGGGAGCCCAGCUCAGCCAGGAUGGCAGGAAGUUGCCUCACUGCCAACAGGAUGAUUAAAAGGACUGAGCUCCUUCCGAAAGAGGGGGCUUUGGUGGGCAUGCUCUUCUUGCCCUUUGACCUCCAGCCCAUGACUCCUUAAAUGGCUGUGGUUAUUCAGUGUCAAGACAUAUGCACUCUGCACGUGGUCAGGAACCAGCUGGGCCUUGCUAGGAGUCUUAAUAGAAUUCUGUUAUCAUUCUAGCAGGGGCUUUAAAAGCUGAUAUUGUAAUGAUUAAAGGAACCUUGUAAAAAUAUACGGACUGGUUAUAUCUUCUGCAAAUCAAAAGAUCAGUCCGAGUGGCAGAAACAAGAGAUGGGGCCUUCCAUAGAGGUGUCAUCCCGGCCUACUUUCUUUCGCUCCCACCAGUAAAGGUAUCCUUAAAAGGUUUAUAGCCCUGUUGGUGUGAUCCUGUUCUAGUUAAUUACGGAGUGUGGCUGGGGUGCUGUUUUCAAUGGUGAUCCUUCUUGGAACACACUAUUAUAUUUUAUUAUUGUUUUACGCAGGCAGAUCUCCAACCAGCCCUCACUUUUUGGCGUCAUGACCGUGACAAUGGGAAUUUGGAAAACUGAGGUGGGCGGGGGGGGAGGAUUUCCUGUGAAUUCUGUGUGGAAGAACAAAGCUGUUUGCGGGGUGGGGUGUCCCGCUUGUUCACACCAGGAGGUGCGCUAGCUGUGACAUGUUUGUGUUUCAGGCCACUAACUAGUGCAGCAGUUGGCGGGUGGCUCAGGAAUUGCCUAAGGCUGUGGGCAAGGGCGGGUUCAGACCCCUCUUGGCGAAUGGCGCUUUUUGACUGAUUAUCCCCCCUCCUCUCCUUGCCCCCUGCAGGCCCGUGACACGGAGACUGGGGAACUGGCCGCCAUUAAGAUAGUGAAGCUUGAUCCAGGUAAGCUGGGGUGGGGUGGGCUGGCUGCUUCUUCAGCAAGGUGGGACUUCACAAGUCUUCUUUCAGAACUUGUUGGAUGGUUUGGGAAAUGUGCUGGGUCAGAGGCAGUGUGCAAGACUUAUAGAAAAAAAUGGGGUUGGCAUUUAAGCGCCACUCUCUGUCAAGAGUCUCUGUGUCCCCUGCAUCCAUUAUUGGUCACAGAAGAAUGGAUGGAGGCAGGAUCCAUUUUUCCUGUUGCAACAGAAGUCCCUCCCCGUUUUGUUAGGAGGUGACGCCCCAGAAAAAAGGUGUGCGAGAACUUUUGAAGACUUGCCCAGCCCCUUAGCCAAGGACCACCCAAAAGCAUCAUACAGGUGUCACAGAAAGAGGCGGUCUACAACAGAAAUUUGGGGGGUGUGGCAUGUCUCCCGUCUGUCAAGAUACCUGAUAAUGUUUUACCCCAGCCCACAAAUACAAAUACAGUGGUACCUCGGGUUACAUACGCUUCAGGUUACAGACUCCACUAACCCAGAAAUAUUACUUCAGGUUAAGAACUUUGCUUCAGGAUAAGAACAGAAAUCGUUCUCCGGCGGCGCGGCAGCAGCGGGAGGUCCCAUUAGCUAAAGUGGUGCUUCAGGUUAAGAACAGUUUCAGGUUAAGAACAGACCUCCAGAACGAAUUAAGUACUUAACCCGAGGGACCACUGUACAGGUACAAGAUCCAAAUUAACGUAUAACAUUUAAAAACAAUUCAAAACAACUGCACCCACCAAGUAAAGCAAGUACAAGAACCAUUAAACACAUCCAGCAGUACGUCUAAUUGUGCUACAGCAGGAUGCUUAUUAAAAGAGACAUUUAAUAUACCUGCCAUUAAAAAAAAGGUGUUAAAAUUACACCUUAACAUGCUUUUAUUCAUUUAUUUUUAAAUCUGACAUUACCUACCUGUAAUGUCUGAAACAGAGGUACUGGGAGCCAGCUCCCCAGGUGUGUCACGCACACCAAGUGGAUUUUUAGAACACUUUGGAAUUUGAUACUGUCAGAUAAAGGGCGGUAGUGACAGAGAGGCCCUUUUGGAGCAAAGGAAACAGUUUGUCCUGCUUCCUCUCCUCAGGGGAUGACAUCGGAUCCAUCCAGCAGGAGAUCACCACGCUCCGGGAUUGCCGCCACCCCAACGUGGUGGCCUAUUUCGGCAGCUACCUCAGGUGAGAGGCUCGGACGCUUUGGGAAAAGGACUGGAAUCAGGAGGGUAGGGCCGUUGAGGUGUAGUGAUAUGGUUGUGAAAGCGUAGUCAGAAUUGUGGGGUGGCAGGUUUGAUGCUUGACACUUAGUCCCUGGUAUUUGGCAUGGAUGGAGUCAGACUUGGUGGGAUGGAAUUGCCUUCUUUCCAAAUGAAGAAUGCACCUGUGGAGGACUUUAUUUUCCUAUCUAGGGCUGUCAGAGGCAGAAAAAUCAACCACGUAUUUUAUAGGAUAUGCUUGAGUUGAAAUUAAGCAGGAGGCGGCCCUCAGAGUGUAGAAACUGAACUCAUCCAGAAUUCCUUGCCCAAAGAGAAAUAUUUCAGGCCUUGUGGAUGGAAUUAGCUGGCUCUGUGGUGACGUUUCAUUUUUGCGUGUGUCUUGGGAAUGGAUGCUUAUGGGAUCUGAGUGGAAUAUUCCAGGGGAGCCCUUCAGGAGAUCAGUUUUCUUGUUGCCUCAGGGCAAGAUAUUCCUUUGGGCGCCCCUUCAAAGGGUGGCAGGUGGGAGAAAGAGGAGCUGCUUUGGGAGCUGAGGAGGGGGGCCAUUCCCACAAGCUUCUUUCUUCUCCCUUUAGGAAUGAGCGCCUGUGGAUCUGUAUGGAAUACUGUGGAGGGGGAUCCCUUCAGGAGAUCUACCACAGUGAGUUUCUACCUGUUUUGCUCCAUUGUCCUCCUCUGAACUGGAGAUGCCAGCAAGGCUUAAACUUGGGACCUUCUGCAUGCAGAGUAGAUGUUCUUGCUGCUGAUACCUGGCCCCUCCCAGGCUUGCAUUGCCUUGCAGAACUGGAGAUGGGCUGAAGGAAGGAAGGACACUGGCGAGGCACAUGACCUGGGCAUUUUGUCUUUCUCUAUCUUUUCCACACUUAGAUGCCCUUCCCUUCGGACUCUCCCCCUCCCCCAACUUUUAUUGUGUUCUUUGAAAGAGAGAGAGUUGAGCACCAACCCCAGGGUCUAGGAGAAGGGUCCUUGCUGAGUGACUGAGCACCAGCUUUGCUCACAAAAUGCCCCAGGAUGAAUCCCCAGCAGCAUCUCUAGGGAGGGCUGGCAAAGUAGCUCGGGCUCAGCCAGACUGUAGCCCCAGGGAUGGAGAAAAUGCCAGUCUGUGGGCUGUAUAUCAACUACUCCCUCUCUUGAAUGGCGCCCCUCCCUGGCCACGCCCCCUUGCUUCCCCCUUCCUGGGUGGCUUUGGAGGCAGGGGAGUAUGCUUAGGAGGGAAUGUGGCCCUCAGGUUGAAAAAGGCUCCCUGCACCUGGUGUGGACAAUAUUGUGCUCACAGAGUGGGUGUAUUCCUGGAGCUUCACCGUUGGGAAAAAUGGGUUGCAUCCACGCAGUUCUACUCAGAGCAGACAUGUUGAAAUGGACAGACCCAAGUUGCUGAUUCGUUUCAACAGAUCUACUCUGAGCAGAGCUGACGUUGGAUCCAGCCCACCGUUUUUGCACAACUCUCUGGCUGGGCAUGAGGACCCAAGUCGAGCAGAGGCUCAGGGUGUCCCUUGGCACUCCUCUUCUUUCAUUUUCCUUGUCCCCCCCAAAAAAAACCCCACCCCUGUGUCUUCCCCUGCUCCUCUCCCCUUGAUAAAAAUCAGCCCCCCUGCCAUGAGGUCCAGAAGGAGAACUCCUGGAGGUGUUGGUGUCUGCAUUAGGGUCCAGUUUGUCCCUCGGAAACCGGUCUCUGCUCCCCUUCCCCCCUGCUUUCUAUUCUGCCUGCCGUUGUUGUCGUCGCAGACAUGAGGAGAACACACACACACCCCUUGACAAAAUAGGAAAGCAUCCUGCCGCCGGUCUGUCGUAACCGGUACUUUGCUUCUGGUGGGUUUUACUUCCCCUUUUGGCUCCCUGCAGUUAGUUUACUUACAAGGUGGAGAGCAGCCUCUGCUCAGCCUCCCGUCUCCACGUCCAGCAGAAUUUUUAAGAGAUGGCAUAAAGCGUGGAAAGAAGCUCCUGGUGGCACAACGGUUCUGCCAUGCCUUCCAGGGAGGUUUGACCUGAGGAGAUUCUGAGAGGAAGUGGGGCCUAGGAAAACAAUUAACGCGGUGGGGGGAGUAGACGAACAGACAGACACAAUAACACCUGCUUCCUCCCCUCUCGGAGGAGGGCACUGUGGACUGUUCAUUUCCUAGGGUUGGCACCUGGCAUUCUUACCCUUCAUCCUGCAAGAGUUUAAACCAAAGAUGCCAACCCCACCCCCACACACUCUGGGGCCCAACCACUAACCAGACCCCUCCCAGGUCCUGAAGGCAGAGAGUGGUGAGCCCUGCUGGGCCGUCGCUUGAGACGGCUCAUGAAAGGAAGCCAAGCCACGUGUUUCAGAGGCAGAAGCCCAAGCAGACAAGGCCAUAAGCCCAUCUCUCCUAAGCAGGGCUGUGUAAUUGAGGAGCACCCCUGCGCCCCCCCGAGUCAAAACAGCCAUCUCCCUCAUUCCCAGACACAAUUCUCUCUCCUAGCUUUAAAUUUCACCUUAAUAAGCAAAGCCCGCCUGCUUUUUGCUCGGGGAAACCCAAUUGCCAAGUCUACAUAGGCAAAAACCUGCUUUUGUUAGCAUUGGGGUGGCAGGCGACCUGAGAUGCAAUUGACCCACCUUUUCUGCUUCUCGCCUCCAGCCACUGGUCCCCUCUCGGAGAAGCAGAUCGCCUACGUCUGCCGGGAGACCCUCCAGGUGAGUGGGUGGGCGGGGCUGAGCUUGCAGCACGUUCAGACCCGUGCCAGGUGGGUGUGGGCAGCCUGCUUUCUUUUUAUUCGGUGCCAACAGAAGCCAGAGUGAGCAGGUGUGUGUGAAGUGUCAGAGUGCCCCGUGUCUGCACCCGGGGCAGGAGUCAGUCUCUGCCUGGUUAUUCCGUCUCCCCUCCCAGCUCAGGUGUGGUUGCAAAAAUGUAGGGUUGUCAAGAGAGGCGCCUUCAGAGCUUAAUUGGAACUUGCUGCUAGGUUUGGAUCUGCAGCAUAAGAAACACGCGUGGUGUAAGACAUGGGUAGGCACAUUAAGGCCCGGGGGCCGGAUCUGGCCCAAUCGCCUUCUAAAUCCGGCCUGCGGACGGUCUGGGAAUCAGUGUGUUUUUACAUGAGUAGAAGGUGUCCUUUUAUUUAAAAUGCAUCUCUGGGUUAUUUGUGGGGCAUAGGAAUUUGUUCUUUUUUCCCCCUUCAAAAUAUAGUCUGGCCCCCCACAAGGUCUGAGGACAGUGGAUCGGCCCUCUGCUGAAAAAGUUUGCUAACCCCUGAUUUAAGAGGUCCCUUGAGCAUGUACGGAGUGGUUUUUGUGUGUGUGUGUGUGUGUCCCCGAUUUCUUCACUGUGUACACCACAGCUGGCUUUUCAGCAAUCCAGGAUUAGGAAGAGGCUUUCUGGGAAAGAUCCCCCUCACAGGCUUUCCACUUCUCUUUAUCCAAACCAAGUCCCGUGGCUUCUGCCCUCAUUUCCCUCCUGCUCUGUGACUCUGCGGCAUCAUACAGACGGACGCUCCACACCUUUGACAGGAAGCCCCAUUUUCCUGCUGGCUGCUCUGUUCUUUUCCUGCCUUCCUGCAGCUGAGAGAAACUGCUACAAUGGCAGGGAGUGGAAUGUAGGUCACUAGCUCUUUGUGUGUCUGGACUGAAUCUCUACAACGAAAGGCUGCAACGUCUGGGGAGUUUUUAGUUUGGAAGAAAGAAGAUGGGUGCAAAACAUAAAACUGAGAUUUACCAAAUUAUGCGUGUACCCGCCAACACUAAUCCAAUGAAAAUAGGGAUGUCCUAUAGCGUAAUGAUAGGAAUUUUAUUAUUUAUACCCCGCCCAUUUGACUGGGUUGCCCCAGACACUCUGGGUGGGCGGCUUCCAACAUACUGUAUAUAAAAACAUAACAAAACAUUUAAAAAACUUCCCUAUACAGGGCUGCCUGCAGAUUUCCUCUAAAGGUUGCAUCGCUACUUAUCUUCUUGGCUCAGGGAUUGCAUAACUCCAUACCCUCCAACAUUUCUCCAAUGAAAAUAAGGGCAUCCUAAGGAAAAGUGGGAUAUUCCGGGAUCAAAUCAGAAACCAGGGGAGUUCUUCUGUAAAUCUGGGACUGUCCCUGGGAAACAGGGACACUUGGAGGGUCCGGCACGGUGCAGGGGCAGACUUUGGUACCCCCAAAUGGACCUCCUCCAUUAGGGAUCUUCUCAAUUUGGCGCCCCUGGGCUCAGCACCCUGUGCAGGGGAACUACCCACACUGCCCUAAAUCCUGCGCUGAAUGGUGUGAAGGUGGAUAGAGAUAAGUCCCCCCCACUCCUUCUCUCGAAAUGUGAGAAUCCAGCUUCCUCCAGUAGGCGGGGUACCGUCUGCCCACCCAGUGUAAAUCUGAGCUUGCAGUUUGCGCCUUGGCUAACAGCAACACUUAGAUCUUGCUUCGUCUUCAGCACAGCCAGGCCUAGCUUGAUUCUUCUCUUUGCUGCCUCUUUUCAGGGCCUUCACCACCUGCACACCAAAGGGAAGAUGCACAGGGACAUAAAGGUAUGAUUUCCCUGCAGAAUCCAGGGCUUGGCUAACCUAGGCUCAGUCACCUGGGCUCAGUUGCCCUUUGGGGUUGCUUUUGUCAGCCUCGGAGGAGGAAGGCAAGGCUGGGUGGGAAGGGAGGGGAGCAGUCUGUCUCCCCACCCCCACCCCAUUCUGCUUUGGCAACAAUAGCUGCACUUCUCUUUCCUUUCUUCUGUCUCUUUUCCAGGGGGCCAACAUCCUGCUUACGGCCAGCGGAGACGUGAAACUCGGUCAGUUCCUCUUCUCGGCUUGCUUUCUUGUGGCAAGCCUUUCCUACUUCCAGCUGCCACUCCCAAAAUCUUCCUCUAAAUAUCUUCAUCUGUGGGUUCCCCUUCUCUAGACCAUCCAUAGUGACCAUGCCUUGACUGGGUGUGCCCCAGGUUUCUGCACUUAGCGGGGACCUCCAGACUGGGGACUGCAGGGGUGGCUUUGGUCUACCUGUUCACAUCCCUCUGGCUUUGCUCCAGAUCGAUUUACCUUAUUUUUCUCUGUAUAAGAUGCCCCCAUGUAUAAGAUGCCCCCGACUUUUGGGGACCCCAAAUUUAGAAAAUGGGCAUAUGCGCUAUCCAUGUAUAAGACACCCCCAGAUUUUUAACCUUAUUUCAAAGUAAAAAAAGCCCCUUCGUCUUAUACAUGGAAAAGUACGGUAUUUAUUUAAAGCAGGGACUCUGGCUGUAUCUCGUCAUCUUUUCUAGGGGUGUGGCGGUGGCUCAGGAGCAGAGCUGGGGUGUGGCAUGCCAGCUUCAACCCCCCAGUUUGGCAUUUGUUAAUAUUGUAUUUUGUUCGUUCGGUUUCUGUGAGAUACCUGGAGAACGUAGGCUGCUGUGCAGCCUUACAAAUGUAGGACAUAAAUCAAUAAAUGAAAAUAUUCUUGGUGGGUUGAGGGCUGUGGGCCCAGGGAUAUUUGAAGGGUUUUAUUUGGGGGGGUGGUGUAGGGCCUGGCCCACAACCCUCCUCCUGUGGAGCCUGGAUCGCUCUGGCCCACCACCUGAGUAAGGAAUGUUUGCCCUUCUCCUUUCUCAAACCACCUCCUUCCUUCCCACAGCGGAUUUUGGGGUCUCUGCAGAGCUGACGGCAUCUGUGGCGAAGCGGAACUCGUUCAUUGGGACCCCCUAUUGGUAAUGUGGGUGGGGGGCAGUGCUCUGUUCCUUCCUCUGCACCCUCUCUGUCUGGAGGGUGAGCUGUGGCCACAAACGUACCCAGUGGCCUUGAACACUCGCUGCCUCAGUCCUUCGGCCUGCAGCAUGGGAUGGUGGUUCUGACCAUCCCUGCAGGGUUGGUGUAUGUGAAGCGCCUUCAUAGCCUUGGCUGGCGGAGGGGUGGUGUUGCCUAGUGGGCAGAGCUCUCCUCACAGGUCGGCAGUUGCAGGGAGGACCAGGGGAAGACGGGCCCUUCUCUCCUUGGACAGCUGUAGCUUCAGGUCCGUGCAGGCCACCCUUUCCCAGGGGGGGUGUUUGGCUCAGCUGUGCCCCUUCUCGUCCUCCCAGGAUGGCGCCAGAGGUGGCUGCGGUGGAGAAGAAAGGAGGCUACAACCACCUGUGCGAUAUCUGGGCCCUCGGCAUCACGGCCAUUGAGCUGGCGGAGCUGCAGCCGCCCCUCUUCGACCUGCACCCCAUGAGGUGAGCUCAAAAGUUAAGCCUCAGUUGAAUGUGUGUAAAUGGGGAGUUGCCUGUAUUUAAUGAAAUCUUUCUAUAUGGCCGCAUCAUAAAAUAUCAGGGCAGCCAACAACAAUAAGAGCCUUUUGACAGUGGAACGGACUCCCUUGGAAAGUGGUGGACUCACCUUCCUUGGAGGUAUUUAAACAGAGGUUGGAUGGCCACCUGUCAGGGAUGCUUUAGCUGUUAUCCCUGCAUUGCCACAAGGCUGGACUAAAUGACUCUUGGAGGACCCUCCCAACUGUACAGUACUGUGUUUCUGUGAAUAUGUAUACAGUCGUACCUUGGAAGUUGAAUGGAAUCCGUUCCGGAAGUCCAUUCGACUUCCAAAAUGUUCAGAAACCAAGGCACGGCUUCUGAUUGGCUGCAGGAAGCUCCUGCAGCCAAUCGGAAGCUGCGGAACUUGCGUCGGAUAUUCGGGUUCCAAAGAACGUUUGCAAACAGUGGUACCUCGGGUUACAUACGCUUCAGGUUACAUACGCUUCAGGUUACAGACUCCGCUAACCCAGAAAUAAUACCUUGGGUUAAGAACUUUGCUUCAGGAUGAGAACAGAAAUCGUGCUCUGGUGGCGCGGCAGCAGCAAGAGGCCCCAUUAGCUAAAGUGGUGCUUCAGGUUAAGAACAGUUUCAGCUUAAGAACGGACCUCUGGAACGAAUUAAGUACUUAACCUGAGGUACCACUGUACUCACUUCCAGGUUUGCGGUGUUCGGGAGCCAAAACGUUUGACUCGCAAGGCGUUAAACUUCCGAGGUACAACUGUACAAUGAAAUAGAAAUCACCUUUAGAAAUGGCACAAAAGGAUAUUUAAAAUGGCUGGCCCAUGAGCUGCAGAGGUCUGUCUACAUGAAAAGGUAUUCAGGAGGAUCCUGGAAGUCAAAAGCGAGAGGGUGCCCGCCGCAUCUCUGCUCGAGCAUUCCAUAACGCAGCACUAAAAGCCCUUCUCCCAGUGAGGACCGGCUGAGGCUCUGGCUAGCAGUUCACCUCUGGAUGAUCUCAGUGAUGGAGCUGGGAUGCAGGGGUUCAGGUAGUCCUUAUGGUAUCCUGGGCCCAAGUUGCUCAGGGGUUUGUUACAUCAAAAGAAGAGCCUCAAGCCUCACCUGGCUGCAACAGGAGCAGCCAGUGCAGGGGUUUUAGUGGAGGUUUCCCAUGCUACCAAGCCGUCUGCCCCCAUCAGCAGUUUAGCUUUUGGCCAAAGGGCAGCCCCAGGUAGAGUGGCUUGCAGUAGUCCAGCCUCAAGGUUCCCAGGGCAUGGACUCCAGCAGCCAAGUUAUCCUAACCCUGACCCUACUGUCUCCCUGCCUCCCUGACAUCCAGCCUGGUGCCAGAGGAACAGAUGGCACGUUGGCAUUGAAGAGAAUCUGGCAGCGCCAUCUGUUCGCGAGGGCCCUUUUCCUCAGCCGCUGCUCGUAUCCUGCCUUUAACACUGUCAAGGAGAAGCAGAAUCUGCCGAUCAAGCCACUGUGGAUGCUGUUUUCAGGAAAGCAUGUGUGCAAGCAAAUCCCUUGAAGUAUUCCUUUCUUUAAAAAACAAAAAACGUGGGUGCAAAAACGGUUACCCUUGCGGGAAACACUGCAAGAAUUGUGGUGCUGGAAAGGAGCCCCGAGGGGGUCAUCUGGUCCAGCCCCCUGCAGUGCAGGAAUCUCAACUAGAUUAUGCAUAACAGAUGGCCACCCAACUUCUGCUUAGAAACCUCUAAGGAAGGAGCAUCCACCACAUUUAGUAGGAGUCUGUUCCACUGUCGAUUAGCUCUUACUGUCAGAAAGUUCUUCCUGAUGUUGAUUUGGAAUCUCCUUUCUUGUAACUUGAAUCCAUUUGGGUCCUAGAACCCAGAGCAGAAGGAAAAGCUUGCUCCAUGUGACGAUGGCAAUCAUAUCUCCUCUGUGUCUCCUUUAAACAUACCCACUUCCCAUGGCCAUUCCUCAGUCUUAAGGCUUGGUUUCCAGACCUUUUAUCGUCUUGGUCACCAUCCUCUGCACAUGUUCCAGCUUGUCAAUAUUUUUAUUUAUAGAGAUGAAGCGGGUGGAAAUAACAUAAAAAUAGCAAAGGAAAUAAUUAGGUACCCGGCUGACUGCCUUCGGCUGCAGAGGGGGUUGCAGCCGGUGACUUGAGUCCUUUUCCUGGCCGUCCAAGAGGGUGGUGGCUCUACAGAGCUUCGAGGCCCCACACCCACCUGAAGCAGCUUUAGGCAAGUGUGGGGAGGGAAAGGGGAGCUGCCCCCACUGUCUCCUGUGAGGUCCCAGCCUCGGUCACAACCACCCAGCUCCAGGUUUCUGGGAGAAGCGUGAGUGGUGUCGCUAACCACACCUCUGCUAAGAAACAGCCUGCAUGUAGAUCCUGUGAGGACAGGCGCACAAAGCGCGCGCACACACAAACACGCAGGCUUCUGGUGGGCGGGGGGAUUAAGCAACAGGAAAUGCCACACGGAGGCCUCUCCAGUAAGACUGGCUUUGCCUGCUCUCAGAGCGGUGUGUGUUUUGUGUGGCGUGCCGGCUGUCUGUUGACAUUGGUGCCCCACUAAUAACAAUCUCAGACCUGACCUACUCAGCAGAGUAAGUUUGCGUGCAGGAGAGAAGCAUGGUCGGAACCUGUAUGUAGUAGCCCUUUUCUUUUUCAAAGGCAACUGUGUGUGUGGGGGGGGUAAACUGGACCCAAAACGGUGCAGAAAACCAGGCCCAGAUUUCUUGAGUGACCCUCCUAGCGGUUAGCACAGGGGUCAGCAAACUUUUUCAGUGGGGGGCCAGUCCACUGUCCCUCAGACCUUGUGGGGGGCGGACGGACUAUAUUUUGGAAAAAAAUAUGAACGAAUUCCUAUGCCCCACAAAGAACCCAGAGAUGCAUUUUAAAUAAAAGCACACAUUCUACUCCUGUAAAAACACCAGGCAGGCCCCACAAAUAACCCAGAGAUGCAUUUUAAAUAAAAGGACACAUUCUACUCAUGUAAAAACACGCUGAUUCCCAGACUGUCUGCGGCCCGGAUUUAGAAGGCGAUUGGGCUGGAUCCGGCCCCUGGGCCUUAGUUUGCUUACCCAUGGGUUAGUAUGUUUGAACAUCAGGCAUAAUCAGCAAAUUUGGGGGGGGGGGUGAGGUGGGGACAAAUUUGGGACAACAGAGGCAGGUAUUGUGCCUUUUUUAAAACACGCAGGAGGAUCGAAGCAGGAAAGACGAUCCUUGUUUUGUCUUUCCCUUCAGGGCCUUGAUGCUGAUGUCGAAAAGCAGCUUCCAGCCCCCCAAGCUAAAAGACAAGGCCUGCUGGUGAGUGACUGAGCAGCAGGGCUGUGCAGGAGGGCAGACCUGCUCCCUCUCCUGGGUUUCGGUUGUGUGUAAAGAAGGCUGGAUCUGACCACCUUAUGCCAAUGAAAUGCAGUGUCACAAUGGACAGGUCGGUGGACUGGGUUCAGAUUCCUGCUUGGCUACAAAUCUGUAUCCUCGAACCACUUGUUUUCUCUCUUAGCCUCCCUUCUCAGUGUUAUUGAGAAGGUACAGUGGGUGGAGGACUAGAAGAAGCUGCCUUUCACAGAGUCAAGCUAUUUCUCCAUCCAUCCAACUCUGACUGGCAGGUUGACUUCUCUGGUUGGCUGCCGGUUGUCCUCAGCAGUGGCGGAGGAAGGGGGGUGCGGCAGGUGCGGUCUGCCCCGGGUGUCACCACUGAGGGGGGUGACAAAAUGCCGGGCGGCACUCGCCGCAGGGCCUGCAGCACGUUCAAGCCGCGUGUCUCUCCUGGGAGAGACGCAGUGGCUUGGAUGUGUGCAGGCGCUGCCUUGCCCAAAUGGUCCUUCCACUGCCUCCACCCCAGCUGUAGGGCGGCUGAGUGGGAGGAGGCAGGCAGACUCCAGAGGCCCCACGGUGUGCGCCAUCCCUAUGGACGGCGCCCCCACCUCUGGGCAUGCCGCCCUAGGCGCCUGAGCGGCUUCCUCCACCACUGGUCCUCAGUUGGGGGUGGGAGGGGGGCGGCUGCACCUGAAUGACAGAUGCUGGAACUCUUAAGGUGGAGAGUUCUGUGGCUGUUGUGCUUUAUCCAGCUGGAGGGCUUCUUUGAUCAUCUGGCUACUGUGAGAAAGUAACUAGUAGUAACCAGUAGUGAUGGUUUCAGGCUGUGAUGGAGUUUGCUGUUGAAUACCAGCUGCUGGGGGCAUUUCUGGGAUAGGGCUGCUGUUGUUCUCACGCCCUGCCUUCCGGUUAUUUAGUUAGACACUCGACUUUUUAGCUUGUCUUAUCUUCCCUUUCUCCCUUCCAGGUCGGCAGAUUUCCACCAUUUCCUCAAACUCUCCUUAACCAAGAACCCCAAAAAGCGUCCCGUGGCAGAAAAACUCCUGCAGGUGACUCAAGAUGGAAGUUGGGGUGGGUGGGCUUGGAGAGGGUGGAGAACGACAACUCCAUCCUUAGAGAUAGGUACUUCCUUCCAGAGAAUUACAGGAGUGUAUUUUUAAAAAAUGCCCAAAAUUGUGCUUUUUUAAAGCGAAAUCUCCAAACAAAAUUAUUAUUUUUACCUGUCUUUUUUUUAGGAAAAUUGCCAAAAAUCAACACUUCUGAUAUGGGCAGCCACGCGCCCGACUUUCCCCAGACAUUUUAUCCCGAAUCCUGGCUAUGUCCUGGAAAUUCCGGACGUAUGGCAGCCCUACGGUUGCACUCGGGUCCUGUUUGGCAGCUUCCCACUGUGGCAUGUGCUUGGCCACUGUGGGAACAGAAUGCUGGACUAGCUGCUCCCCCUCCUGGUGGCCUGAUCCAGCUGCUGCAGGGCUCUUCUGUUGUCCUUAGGGCAGACACUUUAGUUGCUGUGAGAGCCACAGUUUUAAUUUAAUUUCCCACAGUGCCCUGGUGUUGUCCUUCUCUGGGGCAUUGUGGGAAUUAAAAUCUGGAUCCAGCUGCCCAGGAGAGGUGCCAGGAUGGGCUGCAGCAGCUGCCCAAGAAUGCCGCCUGCCAGCCCUGUGCUUGGCGGGCAUUUGGGGGAAACCUUGAAUCCCCUUCUCCUCUCACCUUGUCUUCCUCUCCACCAGCAUCCUUUCGUUAGCCAGCCAUUGGCUCGCGUCUUAGUCAUUGAGCUACUGGAUAAAGCCACGAACCCGGAUUUGGCAGCGGCUGCCCUGGUGGAUGAUGGAGACUUAGAGGUAUGGUCCCCACAAGCUGUGGCAGAAGGGAGAGGGGAAUCUGCCAUAGACCCAAGCCAUUGACUGAGCAGAUUUGUUCUCUCUCGAGAGCUAAAGAGUAGAAGCUGCCAAGAAGCUUAUUUUGGCUAAAUAGGAAGAGAAACCUCCUAAGAAUAAGAGCUCUUCCACGGUGGAGUCAUAGGCUGCCUUUUGGGGGGUGGGGGGUGGCGGCUCCCCUUUGCUAGGAGGUUGCUCAACAGAGGCCCAGCAGGAAUGUUGAUAGAGUUGCAACAGUCUGCACUGUCGAAGGGGGACCUCCCAGAGAUUUUCCAAAUCCGACCUCCGAUUUUUUUCAUGCAAUGCAUAUAAUUAACUUGCGGGACUCACUGCCACAGUAUAUGCUGCUGAACAAAAUAACUCAACACUAUGGCCAAAAACAAUGGCACUAAACAUUAUUUAGAAACUAAUAUAAAUGAUCAGAAAUUACAACUAAAGUCUCUAAAUCUUCUUCACCAGUCACGGUAGAAUAAUUCAAAAGUUCGAUAUAUACAUAAUCUGUCACCAAAUCGCUGGAACAGAGCUUCCGGAUAACCAAUCUGUUUUGUUCAAUGCUUCACCAGCCAAUCUUGAUCAAUUCUUCAUCAGCCAGACCUGUAAGAAUUAAUAUGAGAAGGAUGCAGUUCAAUUUCUUAACAAGCUGAAAUUACAAUAUACAUGCGAUGAAACCUGCGUCUGUAUAAAAUUAGAAAAGAAGGGUCCUAGAAUUCCAGACAAUUUAUCGAAGUCACAACGUGACUGUCUCAAAGAGCUCUCUAAUGAAGCUAACAUCAUUAUGAAACCAGCAGAUAAAGGAGGUGGCAAGAGUUACCACCCCAUGGGCAGAGUGUGGGCAGUUGGGGGCUACCAUGAGGCCAGAGCUGUUAUCUUUUAUGUUCUGGUCCUAAACACCUCUGUUUAGAAAGAGAGACAUGGGAAUCUUCUUCCCACUGCAUCACACCAAACUGGCCUGUCUAGCCCAGUGUUCCCAGCCCUGCCUGGCAGUGGCUCUCUCUGGGGUCUUUUCCCAGCCCUUCCUGGAGGUGGCAGCAGGGAUUGAACCAGGGACCUCUGCAUGUGGAGCACAUGCUCUCCCAUGCAUUGGCUGAGGCUGAUGGGAAUUGUAGUCCAAAGCAUACAGAAAGCACCAGAUGGGUGAAAGCUGCCCUGGAGGCUCUUUGUUCCGACUGAGUUCUUAGGCAUGGUUGACUUUCUCUCUUUAAACUACUCAGGCUUAUGAAGUUUUUCCUGACAAAAUCCGUUCCCAUCGGCCACACGGGCCAGUCGAAGGGACCCUUGCAGAGAUCCAGUGUAAGUUCCUCCUCUCCCCCGGCUCCCCCUGCCCACACGUUUGGACCCUGAUUUCUUUCUCCGGUGGGGCUUUAAAUCAGCCUGAUUUCUCUCCAGACUCUCCCAUGGCAUGGGAAGCCCCCUAGUGGAAGUGGAAAGCUGUUUGGGGCAGGCGAUGUUGGUGAAAGUCCCUUCUGGAGAUGGUGGGUGAAAGGUGUACCAGGAGCUUAGGAUGAUGUGGAACUGAGCAGAAGUGUUUACCUGACCGCAUUGGAGCAGGACGAAGAGGUGGCAGUCAGGUUGGGAUGGUGCAAACUCCAUGGCAGGGCCAGUCUGGUGUUUCUGCUGGUGUGUUUGCACUGUGCCACUCUCACGGCCACCUCUCCUUCCCAGUAAGCAUCAGCAGCCUGCCUUCCAGGAGGUCCGGAAAGUGCCUCUGCCCCUCCCCCGAAGUCCUGAGCUCCUGUGGGGUAUCCUGCAGGGACACCCCCUCUUUGCCCUCCAGUGGCUGGGUAGGGUAUAGGGAGUGUUUUCUUGGGUGAAUAGCAUGAAGCCAUUUGGGCCUUGGUGGUGGUGGGGAAGUCCUGCUUCUGAGCAAAAUGCCUGAUGUUUGUUCUUUUGCAGUUAAUCAGGUCAAAUUCGGGCCCCCGCUGAGGAAAGAAACAGAGCCUUGGUGCAGUCUGGUAAGAGUGUGUGUGUAUAUGUUUCGGAGGGGCAAAAGAGUGAAUGGAUUGCUUGCUUUGGUCCCAGGGUGCGUUUGAGGAGGGAAAUUCACAACGGAAAUGCUGACGGGGGGUGGGGGUGGCAAAAUUCAUCCAUCGAAUCAUAGAGCUGGAAGGCACCACAAGGGUCACCCACAAAUGCAGGAAUAUUUUACCCAACCUGGGGCUUGAACUCACAACCCUGAGAUUAUGAGUCUCAUUCUCUACCAGCUGAGCUAUCCCAGCUGGGUGAUUGCCCCACCUCACCCGAUAUUGCCUACUCUUGACUGUUGGUGACUUUCCAGGCCCUCAGGAAGGUAAGAUGCUUCUUGCCACCCACCCCACCCCCCACCGCCGCCAUUGCUCACUCCCUGUUCCUUCUUUCACUGGGUAUUUUUGGGGAGUGUGUGUGCAUAAAAUUAUUCUAGCCUUAAGAUUUAACAGUAAUUUUUGUGUGUUUUGCAGAAGGAGGAGGAAGAGGAGAACUGGAUGGUCUUAGGAGAUGGAGAGUAAGGAGCCUGGGAGACGGGUAGGGUGAUGGGAGGUGGGUGGGAGCCCCUGUUUCUCAUCCCUCCCCACCUUUGUGAAACAGGAUGGCCACCUUUUCCUUCUUGCUGGGAGGAAGAGCUUAAGAGCGGCCGCUUUUUCUCCCCCAGCAGAGAUGGGGAAAGCAGGGCCUGUUGAAUUCUGCCUGCUUUGCUGCUAUUAAGGGGACAACCAGAAAAAGGGCCGCCUUCCUACAAGGAAGGGGGUGGAAUUUAGGGAGUUAGAAAUGAGGUUAACAUAUUUGGGGCAGGGGAGGAGCAAGAAGGAGGCAGGACUGCUGCACAGGUGUGAGAUUUCCUGAUGGUACUUUUGGUGCUGUUUUUCUCCUCUUUAGGAGCCUCCUUCAGUCGGUGGAAGAAGCACUAGAGGAAAGGUAUGCUGAUGCUUGGGUGGUGGUGGAGGAGGAGAACUUUGGGAGCUGCUGCCUUUCUAUGACUCCAGGCUCUUUGUACGCCUCUGGUCCUCUGUUAUUGUCUCAGCUCCGGCAGGCAGAGACAGAAGAGGUGGAGCUGCCCUUCCAGCCAGGCCCCAUCCUGCGGCUCUGGCACUCCAGCUCCAGACAGGCAAACUCAGCCCCCUCUCUACUGUGAAGUUUUUAGGCUGGCAACUGAAGAACGAGUCUCUCUGCACAUGCGCAGGCACUCUGUUCCUUGCUUAUUGUGGAGCUUUGGCAGUUAGGUUCUGGAGCCAAGUCCUGGUCUGUGUGGGCUCACACCGAGCCGCAAAUAUUCCCCUUUCAAGGCAAUAUCCCCCCCGCUUCUGUUCUGAUGAGUCCUUUGUCUCCUGCAGGAGCCUCACCAUUCGCCCAGCAGGCACCACAGAGAAGGUACUGUUCUUCAUUGCAUCUAUCCCAUUACCCCCCCACAACCUCCCCACCCUCAGUCUCCCUCACUAAGAAGCCCUUUCCCUUGCUUUAUUCAGGUCCAUGAGGAACAGCGGCCCAGCAGCACUGGGGAGGGGGACAUGAGCACCAUCAAAAGGGGGCCCCUGUGGGAUUUUCUCAACCUGGAGCUGGCCUAUAAGGCUCCCUGGGAGCUCGAGGAGGGCCUUGACUUCCCAGCCCCUGAGUGUCAGAGAAGCCAGAGCCUGCCAGGUGAGGAAGAAGUGGAGCCACGUGGGUUGCGGUGAACACAGAUGGGCCCCAAAAUGGGUUUGGAGUCUUCCCCCUUCUAGGAGAGGGGAUUUGUGUUCUGAAAGCGGAAAUCCACAGAAAAGAGCUGUGAGAAAGCACGCUGGGGAGUGGGGGGGGGGUGAUGGAGACGGCACAAGCGCUGGCCAGUAGGCCCUGUGCACAGAACUGGCUUCUGGUGCAAGCUGGUUUCUUCUGAGCUCAGUUGGUUCUUCACCAAAGGGCUAUCUAGUUUAUCCCGUUUUCCGAUGCCCAGAGCCCAAAUUUGCCCAAAGCGGCUCAGGUUUUGCACCGAGGAAACCAAAGUCUGUGACACAUAUAAAUGAUGGAAAUGGAGCCACUUCUCCUCAUUCUACAUGAUUCAUUCCAGGUUUUGCCAGUGCUGGAAAGGGGAAGCUGCACCUCUUCCUCACUGGAUAUCUUAUUCAGCCCCUUGUGAUAUUUCACCAGGAAUUGCCCACAUGCUGUCAAGCAUAUAUUAGGCACCUUGAGCAGAAACUUGUUCCCUGCUUUUUCACCUCCUUGAAAGCUGGGAUUCUUCCAGGUGCUGAAUUUUCACACCAUCUUGAAUUAUGCUCCGUUUGAAUGAAUUCAACCUUUUCCAAGACCAGCUGUGAAGCAGGGUUUAAUCUGGUGCUCUGAAGGCUCAGGUGACAAUAACUUAGUUAGGGUGGCAAUAAGGAUUAAACCCUGCUUCGUCACAUCCUCCUAAGAUCAAAUAGGCUACAAUCCUAUGAAUGCUUGAUUACUCCUGGUGGAACUUACUUGUGUGUAAACAUGCGUAGGAUUGCUUUGUGAGAUGCCACAGGUGGACUCCCCCCCCUUGUUUUUCUGCUAUAGUAAAUAAAGCCACUAAAGGUAGUUAUUAACCAGAGACUUUAAAAAUAAUAAUAAUACCAGACUGCUCAUUCUGUCAUCUGCAGCGAACAUGGAAAAACAGGCUACUAGCCUCUGAGCUAGAGAUGUGAAGGCCUGGGGUGUGGGGGAAUGAAAAACUGGGAAAGGGGGAACCAUUUCGCCACACAUUUUUUUUAAAGGAAUGGGGGGAGAAUGGGGGAAAUUGGAGGGGGACGGACACCGGGUUUCCCUCCCGAUGCUUCCACUUUCCCGCAGGCUUUCACAGCUCUUCUCUUACCAACUUCCCUUCUACCAGGUGGGCUGGUGGAGAAGGGGAGGAGGAGGUGGGUUGGGGGGGCCUUCUGCUCCUCUUCUAUGGCCAGAAUGGGAGCCAAGUGGGGCAGAAGCUUCCUACCACCAUCUGCUUGCCCACUUCUUCCUUGCCCGCCUCCAGGGAGUUCCAUGACACCCACGGCAGGAUGUUAAACACAGACCCGGAUUUCAGCUUCCUAUUUUGCUUCUGCAUUCCGGCGCAUCACACACCCAAAUGUUUUGGGUGUGUUUUUUAAUUAAAAGCAGCCUCCAGAAGCCAUAAUUCUGAGAGGAGGAGGAGAGGCAGUGAAUGUAUGUGUCUUGGGAGGGGGGCAAUAGUAGUGUUUAACUCUUUCCCUACCACCCUUUUAAAAAUGCAUUGUUUUCUGCGGCUGCUCCCCUCGCCCUUUUACAGGAUUCCUAAAGGAUGCUUAGUAGGUUGUUGGGCGGGGGGUCAAAGCUGGGGGCUUCAUUGCAUGUAUUUUUUAAAAUGGAUUUAUAUCCUACUUUUUUAAAACAACAACAACAACAACAACAAAAACACAAAGCUUCAUGGCAGCUGAGAAUCAAAUCUGAUAAACCAAUAAAUUACAUACAGUAAAAAGAUAAAACCAUGCAAUAAAACGGCAUAGUAGAAAGAAAGCAAAUCUGGCAGCAGGGAGUGGAAUAGAUAAAAUGAAAUGGUUGGCAAUUAAAACCAAGCCGGUACAGAAACGGAGUAGUAGGAGGGGGCUCGGCAGGGAAAGGGUUAAGCAGCCAUCCAGGAUGGCAUCUGUGCAGUUGGGUGGGCUAGUGGAAUGCAGCAGAGAGGGGCUCCAUUUCUGACCCCUUCUUAAAUCUUUUAAUUUGUGCUGGUGUGACGGCGGUGCUUGUCUUUCCCCCACAGACAACGCAGAUCUGAGCGAUCCUUCAGAUACCUCACGGACAGGCUCCCCCAAGCCUGUGGACUCUCUCCUCUCCACAGAGUGGGCUACCAUGAAGAGGAAGGAAGAGGCCACUGUAAGUGGGGGCGGGUGGGGACAGAAGCACCCCAAAAUCUCCAAGCAAGGAAGCCUGGGAUCAGAGCAGAUAAAUCAACUGUUAAAGCCUGUUUCUGGUGGAGGAAACAGUGGUCUUACGGAACGUGGCUGUAAGGGUUCUAGGGGUUGCUCGUGUGUAAGCCAGUGCUUAUCUCCCCGGCUGGGUGCAAACACCUGGCUGGGUUGCCUAAGUGAACCUUUUCUGUCCGGACAGCCACUCACCCGUGGCUGACUCAAUCGCUGGCAGAAUCCGUCAGUGGGCGUUUCUUAAACUUCUUCCAGCAAAGAAGCUCUUUGACGCCUAGUCUCCUCCUACUCUCUCUGCGCGAAAGCCUUCUGCGCAAGGAGGGCAUGGGCAACGGAGGACCCCUACUCUCCCCGCUGGUCCCAGGCAAGGAGUCAUGGGACCGCCUCGCCGCUUCCCCCAUCUGCCCCCCUUCUCCACUGGUGCUACGCUGAUUCUCUUCCCCAGAAGAUGGGCUGCUUCUCCCAAUCCCUGGACGCUCUCUGGAAUCCCUCUGGCUUUUGCUCUCUCCCUCCGGCACUGAUGGCAGUUCCCUGACAGUGACCUAGCUGGCUAAAACCUUCGGAGAGAGGGCCAGCAGGAUGGGCCACUAGGUUUGCCCCUCCAAAUACAGUGGUACCUCUGGUUACGUACUUAAUUCGUUCCGGAGGUCUGUUCUUAACCUGAAACUGUUCUUAACCUGAAGCACCACUUUAGCUAAUGGGGCCUCCUGCUGCUGCCGCACCGCCGGAGCACAAUUUCUGUUCUCAUCCUGAAGGAAGGUUCUUAACCCAAGGUAAUAUUUCUGGGUUAGCAGAGUCUGUAACCUGAAGCGUAUGUAACCUGAAGCGUAUGUAACCCGAGGUACCACUGUAUAGGCAUUUUGUGGGGUGCAGUAAGAGGGAAAGGUGGGGCUUGGGAAGUAGCAGGACAUGUCUGGAAUGGCUCUUUGACACUCUUGCGAAAAAGCCCCCAACGCUCCUGUUUCUCAUGAGGAGUGCCCUGCCCCACCUGCUACUGGUACGGGGUUGAAGGUUGCAAUCCUAUUGAGGGGAAGGGGUCUGGAGUUAACCCAAUAUGUUGGCAUCUUCAAAUAACUACACCUUUUCUUUCUCUUUCUUUCUUUCUUUCUUUCUUUCUCUGGUGACUUCCCCCACUUCUUCUUCACCCCUCCUCUCUUGCAGAGGCUACUGUGUCAUGGGUUGCCUCCCACUCCUAAAGUCCACGUAAGUCCUCUUCACUGGGCAGGGGAGGGUGGUACAUGCAUCAGCAAACUGGAGCCAGGAGAGGAGGAUGGGGCAGGGAGUUCACAGCCAAGGAAUUUUGUAGGUCUCAGUACAGGAGCCCUGGAAGUGGGUCUCCAACUCCCCCCUCCAGCUUUCUGUGUCUUCUCUUUUCCAAGAUGGGGGCCUGUUUCUCCAAAGUCUUCAACGGCUGUCCGCUGAAAAUCAACUCGGCUACGACGUGGAUCCACCCAGAAACACGAGGUAGAACCCACACAUGUUUCCUGUGGAAGCUUGGCACCAGAGAUUGGCCGCUGGUGAUCUGACCUCCCCCUCUUCUCCCCCCCACCCGUAGAUCUCUACCUAGUGGUGGGAGCUGAAGAAGGCAUCUACACACUCAAUCUCCAUGAGCUCCAUGAGGACACGAUGGAGAAGGUGAGGAUCCUGGAGAGGGAGGAGCUGGGGUGGAGGGUUCUCAACACCAUGGGAAGCAGGGUGGAUCCUUGUUUCCACACAUCCCAUGGGACCAAGUUUGGGCCUGCCCACCUGUCUUAUCACCUGACAUUAAAAUGAUGCCAAAUUACCCAGUUAGAAAUUGAGCAGCACCAGUAAAAAAAAGCACACCUCUGCUCAGCACCAAUGCUCAGUGGAAGGCAUUGGUCAAGGGGCUGCUGGCUGAGGCAACAUGGAUGCAUGGCCUCAGCUGCAGUGGUGCUGUCCGUGGUCCUGAAUUGCAGUUGUCUUGAUCUCCCUCCAAAGGGCCAAGAGCUACCUUCCCUCUGCACUUUCCAGGCAUGACCCAUGCUUCACAGCUUUGUUUCCAAAUGCUCUUAUUUUUGCUCCAGAGCUUCCCCCACAAAAAACCUGCUCUUUACUGCUGAGUUGGAGCAAACAGCAAUCCAUGGAAAACCCAAAUUGCUGUUUGUUGUGGUUCAGGUUUAAAGAGCUGGUUUUCGUGAGGAAAGCUCUGGGGUGAAAGAAAGAGAACUCGGACAAGGAGCUUCAGAAUGUGGAGUGGCAGGUCUGGGGCAAAGCUAAGCCCUCACUUGACCCUUGCCCUGCCUGCCAGGAGAACAAGGAACUUCUGGCCUCUCCUUGCUUAGGCCUUUACCAUGACCACCACCAGAGGUGGACAUCCCCCGUGGAUCGCAACAGGAAGGGCAGGUGGGUGGGUGCGUUUGGUGGCGGUCAACUCAGGAGGCCCUUUCAUUCAUCGCUCAGAGAUGCCCACGAGAGUGUCUGUCAAGAUGCUGAGGUUUCUUAUCCCUACAGGCUCUUUUCUUACGAUCAUUGAAAUUUUUUAUUGUUUUUGGGUGGCUCCUUUAAAAUAUCUAUAUAUAUAAACACUAUUCAAUCUUCAUUAAGUUCCUUGUAUCUAACUUGGACACACUCGUUUCAUGCCACGAAAAUGCAGCGAUGGCUCAACAAGCGACUGAUCUCUCUCUCGCCACUUCUCCCUCUCUCUCCUGCUUUGUGCCAUUCAUCCUGCCCCCCCCCGCCCCCGCCUGCUCCCCUCCCCCAGCUCCUUCCACACAGGUGUUCUUGGCUCUACUGUAUGAACAAUGUGCUACUGACCUUAGCUGGUGAGUGUCCAGAGACAGAGCUAGAACCACCCCCCUCAUUUCCCCUCUUUUUGCCUUGCCCAUCAGGUAUCUGGGUCGAUUUAAGGGGACUGGGGGUGAGCUUCACACGUUGGGUUUAGAGGGGCAAUCGGGUGUGUGGCUAUAGGAUUGAAGAGUCCAGAAGGUAUCUGAAUAUAAAAAAAUGGCACCUGCUUAAACUUCCAUUUUGCUCCGGCAAAUGAUCCUCCCGAUUUUCCCGCUUCUGCCUUUGCAGGGAAGUCCUCCCAGCUCUCUUCCCACAACCUUGUGGGUCUCUUUGAGCAGCGGCGCCAGCUGCAGAAGCGGCAGGUCCCCCUCUCCAUCGCCACCAACCGGCUGACAGAGCGGAUCAUCCCCAGGUGGGGAGAGGCGGGGAGGGAGGGACCCCCCCAUCCCCUGCCCCACUUCAAAGAGAGGAGAGUAGUAAAUUCUCUUCUCCGCGCCCCCCCCCAUAUCCGAUCCUAGUGUUGGAGGUAUGGCUGAUUUCUCCAAGCUGCUUCCCAGGGAGCUGCUUGCGACUGGAACUGAAGCUGGGAAGGGUUGGCUGUGGGGUCCUGGGAAAGAUGUUGGGCAGGCAGAGGGCCCAUGGGAGCAAGGAGCUGUGCAGAGCCCCAGAUCUCCACCCUGUGGUUUCUGGAUGCCCCUGGGCUUAAGAGGCAGCCUGUACAUUCCUAAGCCAGCCUAUGUGAUGCCCAAGAAGAGGACCCUCCCUGGUGACUUCAAGUGACUCCCACCUGAAAGCCCCCCCGGAAGGGCCACAACCAGGCAAUGCCAGUGGUAUUGAGGCUGGUGGACCCAGUGGGUUUGAUUUCCUAUAAAAGCAGCUUCCUGAGUCCCUUCUUAAUAAUUCCUUUAUUGGGCCUCAUGAGGACUGGAGUCUUACUUCAUUUUGGGGGGGGAAGGACUAUAGCUCUGUAUUAGAGUUCCUGCUUUGCAAACAGAAGACGGUCCCCUGCUCAGUCUCAGACAGACUUUUCAGUUAAGGACAGACUUGGCGGGGAGGACCCUCUCCUCUUUGCCUCUGACCCGGUGAAAUUCGCCCCCCACCACACACACACACACACACACACACACACCCAGGCCUAAAUCUGUUCCUUUCUCUUGACAGGAAGUUUGCCCUCUCAGCCAAGAUAGCUGACACCAAAGGAUGCUUGAAGUGCCGUGUGGGUGAGUUUUCUGGAGAGGGGCAGGCCUGUUGGGAAAUGACAGUUGGUGGCUGUGUGAGGGAAGGAGGAGUUUUGGGGACAUGGAGGUUGGAGGAGAUGAGGGGGAGAGGGAGUUUUUAUAUCCCAUCUUUCCUCCAAGGAGCUCAUGAAGUCAUAUGUAAUAUUAUUAUUAUUAUUAUAAUUAUUAUUAUAAUUAUUAUUAUUAUUAUUAUUAUUAAUACCCUGCCACCCUGGGCGGCUUCCAACAGAAUAUUAAAAUACAAUAGUCCAUUAAACAUUAAAAGCUUCCCUAAACAGGGCUGCCUUCAGAUGUCUUCUAAAAGUCUGGUAGUUGUUUUUCUCUUUGACAUCUGGUGGGGCAGGCGCCACUACCGAGAAGGCCCUCUGCCUGGUUCCCUGUAACUUGGCUUCUCGCAGUGAGGGAACCGCCAGAAGGCCCUUGGCACUGGACCUCAGUGUAAUUUUCUUCUUCCCCGUUCUCCCCUCACAACAACCCCAUGCUGUUCAGUGGAGAAUUGGAUAUUCAAAAUUUGACUGAUAUUUGGGUCACACCAGUAUUCUGCACCCCAAAGCCAAAAAGGUAGCAGCUUUUCAACUCUGGUCUUAUGGUGGAGGCGACGUUGUAGCCCUGCGUUAUGCCAGCCUCCUGGAGUGUUGUGCUUUUUUGAGAAAUGCAGUUGGGUGGAAUUGGAGUAAGCCGCAUUGAAAGGGGGAAGUGGGUGAUUAAUGGCUUCCUCAUCCAUUGGAAAAUGAAAACGGGGUGACUCUUGUGGGUGUGCGGAAUUUGACGAGAAACACGGCAUGAUGAGAAAAUAGUAAUCAAUGCCUCCCCCAUUAGCAGUCAAAUUUGCAGCUCUCCCCAGCACUCACUUGCAUUUCCCUAAAAAACAAGCCAAGUGAAAAGCCCAAGGCCAUAUGUGAGUGAAAUUCGGCUAAAUUAUGCCCUGGAGGAAUUGUGGGGUGUUGUGCCUUCCAGAUUCAGAGCAGCAUUGUUGCAGGCCCAGCAACAGUCACAUGCAACCAGCUGCAAUUUUGCAGCCUUUUGGAGCCUGUGUGAACAUGGAGAGCCCUUCACACAACAUGUUAAACCGGAAGGCUUUUUGUUCGCUGAAGUUAAUAACGCAAGCGGGGUAGUGUUUUAGCGCAAAUUAAAAUGCAGCUGUUUUAUUUUGAAAGAUAAACACACUGCUAAAAUGGCACUGCCCAAGUGCCCAAGUGUAGAGGGCAUGACAACAGGCAAAACCCACAACAUGGCACAGCAACUUCCUUGCCGGCAGCCCUGUCUCUGAGCUGCUCAACUACUCCAUGCUCUGCUGCAUUUCUUCUUGAAAGGACAGAGAAUUGCACUCUGAAUUAGUUUUUCUCAAGAGACAGGGAGAGGCGCCAUGAGAAGCAAACCCCUUUUCUGCUGUCAGCUGCUGCUGGGCAGGAGGCCUUGACCAAAGAGGCAUCAGGAGGCUCUUCAGGGGGAAAGGGGGACUUUGGGGAGGUUGACCCCCCCCCCGGUUCUUCUGUAUUUCAGUGCGAAAUCCUUAUUCUGGUAGUACCUUCCUCUGUGCUGCACUCCCCUCCAGCCUGGCCCUCCUGCAGUGGUACGAGCCUUUGCAGAAGUUCAUGCUGCUGAAGGUAAGGGGGUGCAGGGCCAGGAAUGGGGGUGCAGGAUGGGAGGAGGGACCCUCCCCCUCCCCCUCUGGCAUUCCAAAGAGCACCCAAGGGAGCAGGCAAGGAGGGCAUGGUUGGGCAGUGUCAGACCUGGUUCCUGCAUCCUCUCUCUCCUCUCCAGCACGUCUCUGUGGCGCUGCCCGUCCCCCUGACCCUCUUUGAGCUGCUGGUUGUGGAGACGGAGGAAUACCCGCAAGUGUGCUUGGGGGUGACCGGCACCGACCAGCCAGGGGCGGAGCUGCAUUUCAGCACCCUCUCCCUCAGCACUGGCCUCAGCACCUCAAGCCCUUCAGGUAAGAGAGAGGGAAACCGGCAUGGAGUCAGGGAGGGGUGGGGCACGGCCCCUUUAAGAGCUGCUGCUUAGUACUGUUAGGCCUCCCCCUUCUGCUCCCCUUAUCAGGGAACCCACAGGAGGGCAGACAGCUCUUGGGCUCAAUCCUGCUUGUGCGUUUCCCAAUACAGUCAUACCUCAGGUUACAGACGCUUAAGGUUGCGUUUUUCAGGUUACAGACCGCCGAAACCCGGAAGUACUGGAACGGGUUACUUCUGGGUUUUGGCGGUCCCACAUGCGCCGAAUCGCAACCUGCGCAGAUGCGGGUUGUGAAUGCUGCGGGUUGCCAACGUGCAUCCCGCACAGAUCACGUUCGCAACCUGAGCGUCCACUAUACAGGUGUCUGGUUGGCUGCUGUUAGAACAGGAUGCUAGACUAGAUGGGGCCCCCAUUGGCCAGAUCCUACAGGACUCUUCUUACAUAUUUUUUUUCUUAAGGAAGGGCGAAGGACAAAAGCCAGGUGUACAGGAAUAAAUAAACACAUAAUAAAAUAAAAUAAUCUCUGCCACAGAUGCACCCCAUAGGCCUGAGUUGUUUGUUGUUACAAUGGACCCAACCCCAAAUGUUGGAGGAUAUCCUGGCUCCUCUAACGGGACUGAUCCUGUUUAAGGUUCCAGCCACUAAGUUUCCAGGGCAGUCCCCUUCGUGGAGAAGAUGUUGGAGUCUCAAGCAGGCCUAAUGCCCCCCCCCACCAACACCAACUUUUCCAUUUCUAACACACAUUCAGCAUUUAAUGGUUCCUGGAAACCAUUGACUACGCUCAGGGCUGUAUGGGGUUUGCCCCCUCUGGCCUUUUAAAAAGUUGUUUUGAACUUCUGUAUAUGCCUCAGCAUUCAUCCGAGCAUGGUGACCCUGUUGGCACCUGCCUAACUAAGUUUGCGAGUAGAAUUUUUGUGUGUGUUGAAUAAAAUUAAGUUUUUAAUCUUGACUUUCCACUAAAGAGCUCAGCGCAGCAGACAUGGUUCCCCUUCCAACCGUUUUAUCCUCACAACAACCCUGUGAGGUGGGUUAGGCUGAGAGAUGAUGACAGGCCCAGGAUCACCCAGGAUGCAUGUGAAGAGUUCGGUUCUGUGGGGCAGAUUUGACAAUAGGUGGUCAAAGGCAAAGUAACCAGACGGCAGCUGGCUGGACUGGUGCCAGAGAUUGCAUUGCCUGGCAGCUGCCAAGGCCCAUGGCUCAGGAGGUGACCCAGCUGCCAGCAAAAGCUGCCAUAUAAAGAGAAUCUUCCAUCUGGCUCAGAAUUGCCUGCAGUGACUAUAGCAGGAGCUGUCCAAGGUUUUAGGCCCUACAAGGAGAUGCCAGGGGGGACUGAGCCUUGGGAGCUUCUGCACGCAAAGCAGAUGCUCUACUAUUGAGCUGGUCUGCCCUUUCCCUAAAAAUAAAAUAAGAUUCUAGUCCUCAAGCUUCCGAACAAGGGACUGAACUGAAUAGGAAAGCAGUCUGUGCUUAUUAGGACCAGUCAAAUGUUGGGUUAUGGAAAAUAGCAGGAGAGAUUGAUUUUAAUGGGGGGGGGGGAAUUACUGAUUUAAAAGUAAGGAUUUGUGGGCUGACAAAGUGAAGAGUAAUUCUUCUUGACAUUAGGGAAUAUGUUAUAGUUAAGCAAAAGUCUAGCAGGAACCAGAAAUGAACAGCCGAUGGGUAAUAAAGAGGAAGAAAAUUGAAAGGGGGGGGAAUCAAAGAUAAAAUGCUAAAGUAUCAUUUUUGAAAUGGAAUUUGGAAACAUAUUUAAUAUUGAGCAGCUAACGAGGGUGGGAAGUGAACCAUCAAGAUGGCAGGGUGGGAAGUCACUUUUAAAUUUGUAUUGAAUUUGAAUUAAUGUGAUGUUAAAUUCAUUAAAUUUUUUGAAAAGCAAUCAAAAAUAAUUGGCAAAAAAAAAAAAAAGGAACGUAGGAAACCGCCUUAUGCUGAGAAAUCCAUUGCUCCAUCUGGCUCAGUACUGACUGCACGGACUAGCAGUGGCUCUUCAUGGUUUCAUGCAGGGGACAUUCCCUGUCCUGUAAGGAGAGGUCGAUGGAGACUGAGCCUGGGGCAGUCUGCAUGCCAACCACCUCCUCUUUUCCCACUGACAUCUCGCCCCUCUUGCUCCUCCUCCCAUUCCGCUGAAUGUGGCCCCCAGCUUCCCCCGCCCCUGCUGCGAGGGCCAGCCCUAGACUAGCCUCCCAUGCCUCUUUCCUUGCAGGUCGGCCCUUGGUCAUGGCCAGCCACGUGACGCAGAUGGACCGAGACACUGUCCUGGUGUGUUUUGAGCGUAAGUCUUUCCCCAGUUUGACCUGCUCCCUUGGCCUUGGUCUCCCCGCGGUCUGCCUGCCCCUCCCCUCGCUUGCCUCUUUGCCCUUUGGCCAACGCUGCUCCUCCUUCUCUCGUUCCCUCAGGUUGUGUGAGGGUGGUGAACCUCCACGGCGCCCCUCAGGGAGCCCUUCCUCCAGAACUCACGUUCCACUUCCCUAUCGAGACCAUUGGUAGGUGAGGGUCCCUGGAUGGGGUGUGUCGGGUGGGGUUUGAGGCCUCCCAAACGGGUCGUGGAUCCUCGAGUGCCUUCCCUCUGGCAGUACAGUCAUACCUCAUGUUACGUUUGCUUUAGGUUGAGCGUUUUCAGGUUGCGUCCCACGGCGACCCAGAAGUACCGGAAAGGGUUACUUCGGGUUCCGCCACUGGCGCAUGCAGACAUACAAAAUGACAUCACAUGCAUGCGCAGAAGUGGCGAAUCGCAACCUGCGCACGUGCAGACGUGGGUUGCGUUCCUUUCGGGUUGUGAAUGGGCCUCCGGAACGGAUCCCGUUUGCAACCAGAGGUACCACUGUAUUGGAUUUGGGAGGUGGGGUUCCUGAUUCCUGAGUUCAGAGGCUCUUGCUGUGACAGCUAACCUCUGAGGGGGGCCUGUUUGCUCACUUGUGGUCUCCCCAUUCUUGCAGUGUGCCUUCAGGACAGUGUCCUGGCCUUCUGGAAACACGGCAUGCAAGGCCGAAGCCUGGAAUCCAGUGAGGUGAGUCCGGCCAGCCUGGGGCAGAGGGGCCUGUGGGCAUCGAACCACCAGCCUGACAACAGGACCAUCAGAGAAAACACGAGUUAAGCUCCGUUGGGCGGUGGUGAGGUGCUAUUUUUCCUGGACUGUGUGGCUUCCGUCUGUGACAUUUGACGUACAGAGGAUAGCUCAGCUGGUAGAGCAUCAGACUCUUAAUCUCAGGGUUGUGGGUUUGAGCACCACAUGGGACCAAAGAUUCCUGCAUUGCAGGGGGUUGCACUAGAUGAUCCUUGUGGUCCCUUCCAAUUCUACAAUUCUAUGUAUACCCUGUUGGAAACACGCCCGGGAAGGCCGCCAACUUCCCAAGACUCCGGGGUGUCUCUCUGGUGGUCCUCCCUGGCUGUAAAUUACCCUCAGUCCAGAGAGACCCAUAAGCGACCCCUCCCUUCUGAGAGGAGCACGCUCGUCUUCUGGCAUGUCAUUGCAGAAGAAAGAGUCAAUCGUAGUUCUAAAAUUACUUUAUUUUACAGUCUAUACGUACAGAGAAUCCAUCAGCAUGUCUGUGCUCUUUGAGCACCAGUACAGAACAGCAACACUUUCAGAAGUGAAACUAACUUCCAACAGUACUCAGACUUCCUGUCUCACGCUCUCUCAGACACUCAAAUGAUGCAUGCAAAACACAUUACAUCAGUACCACUCGCUGGAGCAGCUUGGAUAGAUAAAAAUCCUAUAUCCACCCAUUCAGGAGGGUCCUUAGCUCAGUGGCAGAGCAUUUCCUUUGCAUGCAACACAUCCCAGGUCAAACCCUGGAAUGCUGCCAGUGUGGGACCAGACUGAGUUAAAUGGACUAACAGUCUGACGCAGUAUAAGGCAUCUUCCUAUCUCUGACCGCCACCUUUCAUGGUUUAAGUGGUGCCUUUCUGCUGCAUGGCUUAGUGGUUUGUUGGACUAGAGAUGGGCAGGCCUGGGUUCAAAUCCUCACUCAGCCAUGAAACCCACUUGGAUGGCUUUGAGUUCUCAUAGGAGGUGGUUGUGAGGAUAAAGUGGUGGGUUGGGGAUUAUGUGCAGCAACCCUGAGCUCCUUGGAAGAUGGGUGGGAUAUAAAUACAGUUAAUUUUAAUCAUCAUCAUUAAUAGAGUAGAAAAUGUGAGGUAAUUAAUAGGAGCAGUGGGUUAAUUCUUUUUCCUUUUUUAAGAAGUUAAAGGGUAUUAUGGGUUUGAUAAAUGUGCCACCUGACAUGGGGAUUUCCCACUCAGUUGUCCCUUCCUUCUGUAACAGGUGACGCAGGAGGUGACGGAUGAGUCCAGAGUGUUCCGGGUCUUGGGAGCUCACAGGUGAGGAAAUGCCUCUGAGGAGGAAACCUCAACAUUUCUCCAUUUCCCACCUUCCUGUUGCCCUCCAAUCCACAUACGUUGCUUUUUGGCUGAGUGGGUGUGUUCACAAUCCACACCAAACUGCAGUCCGGUGCUCUGUAGAGGAGCUGGAAUAGCCUUUCUCCGCCUCUCCCUUCCUCCUCCUGGUGCAGCCAGGACGCCAGCAGAGUUUAGUUUUGCAGCCUCCUGUCGUUCUGUUUGAACCGCAGGUUGUGGUUGGAAACGAGCUCUGGUUUCGUCAAACAACGCAUGGUUGGACAUUGUCUUGGCUUGUUUUGACCACGGCUGGUGUUUGCUUUUAUCCGCAAUCUCUGCGGUUUAACCCACAGCGCCACCUGCGUACUUCUUGCCAAUGCCCUGGCUGUGCCAGCCCUUCCAUUGCCUGCCUGGCACAUGCCUGUACAUGGGCUGUGCUGCUCAUUCUUCUUGCCUCCUCUCUCUCUUCCCUGCCAGAGACAUCAUCCUGGAGAGCAUCCCUACAGACAACCCCACAACGCAGAGCAACCUCUACAUCCUGACGGGUCACGAGAGCAGCUACUGAUGACCUCCUUCCAAAGCCUCCAGCCUCUGGGAGGUGGUCAGCUCAGCCUUGUGGGGAUGCACUAUUGUUGGAGACACAGGGCUGCAAGCCAUGCCUGCUGAUGGCAGAGAUGAUUGCCAGCAUGUGUGUGUGGCAAAGACGGGUUGGAAAUCAGAAGAGCCCCCACUCUGCUGCCCCAUACACUGGACGCAACCUCGGUUUGGCUCCAGAAAUGCUCUUUGCCCGUCGUCGUCUUCCUGAGAACCUGCUGUGCACAAGGAUGGGAGGAGCUCUUUCCUCCUGACUUGGGCCAGCAUCUCCUGAGAAACUUUUGCAAUAAUUUGACCACUAGCCAUUUGGAAGAAUUUGCAAUCUUUCCUGGCUGACACCUUGUGCCUGCUUGAAUGCUUCCCUCCUUCCCUUUAGGAGUUGCGCUCCCGUGAUGCUGCGGAGGGGUGCCAAAAUCUGCUGCCGUGUGAAGACAAUCGUUUGUUGGGUGGGGGAGCCCACCCCCCUUCCUUUAGCACUUGAGCUUUAAUUUAAAGGUCUUUCAGGGCACUUUGAGAUUCUGGCCUGUCCCCAUUGACUUGGGGGGUCGGGCAACAUUUGUUUUGUGGCUGGACAACUGAGUGGACAGAUGCUGAAGAUGGGCAGGGCUGAGUGAUGAUGAUGAAAGAGGUGGGGUGUAUAUGGGCGUUUGGUGUGUGUGUGUGUGUGUGUGUGGGUGGGUGUGUGGGUGUCAUGCUUGUUGAUUGACUAGGUAGGAAGAGUAACUGCCUCCCUGCAUGGAUGGUCGUUGUUUUGGGUGAGACAGUGGUGGCUUAGGUGGCACCUGAGCUCAUCGCCCAACAGAUCCUCUCAGGUGCUCCAGGCCAGUUCUGUCCAUCACUGUAAUUAAUCCCCAUGGAGGACUGUGAAAGGGGCUGUGGAACCUCUAGUGGAAUCCACACCUUUGCAAAAAACUACAGUUCCCAGGGGCCUUUAGAGAGAAUGCAAUGCAAGCCAGUUUUGAGAAAGUUUACACUAUGGGGGCCCAAACCAGACAGUAUGAUAAAUGUCUGCUUCUUGCAUUGCUUGAUGGCCUGUUUUUUUUUAUAGGGGGUGUAAUCAAAUGCAAACUUGCAUGUCAUGUUAUGUGGGGUGUCUUUCGUCCAGCAUGUCAUGGCCUUACCUAUAGUUGCUAUCUGGAAUGCAAGGAGGAGGAGGCCUGAAUCUUUUCCCCAUGAACCACAGCCCUGAUGAAAAUGGUCCCCAGCCACUUCUUGGGGGAAUAGCAGCUUCUCUCACAGGGUAAAUAGCUGCCUGCAGGAUGGUGUGGCAGGAUGGCUGGGGAAAAGGAUCCUGAUCCUCAGCUGUUCACUUUAAAGUGCAGUCACACAUUUAAUGUACUGUCUGGGGUUUUGGCCUCCUUUUAGUAGCAUGGAUGUUCACUCUGAGGCAGGUGGUGAAGCCCCAGCUGGGCCACGUGUUAUGGGUGUCCUGCCCUGGCGGUAGGUUGGCUGAAUGACUACUGAGUGCUGCUGCUGUGGUCCUCCUGCCAGGCAUGCUGAUUCAGCUUGCCUUGGCAGCAGAGGAAGGCUGCACGAGUCACUUCAAGGGAGGUUUGUGUGUGUUUUGGUGGCCCUUCUUUGCUGCCUUUGAAGCCCAGAAGAGACUCCCCAUCGGAAUCACAACUGUGGAUCAUCAGGGCUGACCGCAACUCCACUUUAACUUGGAUGCCAAGAACUUUUCUUCCCAGGAUGCCAAUAUCUCUGUGGUUUUUAAUUGCUAAAGCUGGAAUUUAUUGUCUGAGAACAGAGGGGAGAAAACCCAAACUUGAAAAGAAAAUUGCUAUUUAACGUAAGGGUUUGAUAUUAAAUUGUGGUAUUUUACUCCCCAGUGGAUGUGUGGAAUUAAUGGAUCUGACUUUGUUAAAUUUUGAAUUGGGAGUCUUUGGUGUGGUGUUUUAGGCCAAUCUAGACCCAGAAAAACUGUCUGUGGACAAACGUCGGCUCCUUUGGCCAGUAAAGCGAGAUGAGUGCCACAACUCCAGAGUUUUUCGCAACUGGACUUAACUGUCAGGGGUCCUUUACCUUUACCUUUUUAAUUCACUGAAAGAGCAGGGACUUCCUCCCAUUCUCUUUCUGUGAUGCUGAUGCAGUUGGUUAAGAGGUUGGGAGGGCUAAAAAAGAAGACAUGGCUUCUCUCUGUGUGUUUCUUAGUAUGGGAUUGGUAUUGUAAUCUGUCAUAAGCACCCUGUUAUGUGGGGAAAGGUAAGAUAUAAGCUAACAAAUAAUUUAAAAAGUUAAAAAAUAACUCAGUUCCCUCCCUUUUCAUUUGCUAUGUGUUUGCAGAGCUUGAUUAGCUGGGGACUGGCACUAGGGGUAGGGGAAUGCCAGUUUUAACUUACUCUGAUGUUGGGGGUGAUUCCCUCACCUGUGAACUUGCUUGAUCUGCUGCCAUAGGUCCAGGGGUGGAGGCUGAAGGACACAAGUGACAAAUCAGAGCCACGGCAGAGAACACUUGGAGAUUCCCAGUGCAAAUUCCCACAUGUGUAUCCCCCAGAGGAGGAGGAGGAAUGUGGCUCAAUGUCCCCCCACCCCCUGGUUCCAGCUCCCAUUCCUUGCACACGCUACAGCAGAGGGGUGAAGCUGGAAUCAGCACCCAGGCACGCACUGCUCCCUCCAUCCACCCAUCCAUGCACAUAUGUGCAUCCGCACAAACACACAUCCACAUUGCUUGCAAACAAAGAGGCAGACUGUAUUCUCUCUAAGGGAGGGGCACCCUCUUUCCAUCUGAGGGGGCAGAAAAGUUGAGCAGCUGGGCAAGCCCCUCCUGGCACUCUC